AUGACACACCAUCAACGCCGUGAUCGCCAAAUACCAAAACUACAGACCAUCUUGAAGAUGGUCUUCUCUUCAGAUCAGCCCUCGAUCUCUGCAGGGCAAGAGGUUGAGGUAGUGGACGACUGCGAUGAGCCUCCCGACCAAAACCGUUCACACAAUCUCCCUAAUAAUGACCAAAUAUACAUCAAAUCCCACCCGAUACCCGAAAAGAAGGAAUCAUUGCUUACACGAGCAUUGAAGAGUCCCGAGCUUGGUCCAGUUGACCGUAUCCGAAAAGCUUCUUACCCUACGAGCAACGCUAGCGGUCACUCUACUGCUGAAUUGACUAGCGAUGGCGAUCUCACCAGCCCUACCUACUCGAAUACCUCCAGCCCACCCCACAUAUCAACACUUCAACUUGCUCCCGUCCUGGAGCCAAGGAUAUCUUCACCACCUUCGGAUCCUCGAGAAUCGAAAAUCGAGGCGGACCUCGGGCGCAAGCGUUGUAUCAGCUUUGCCUGUACAGCUCAGCAACCACAACGACCAAAGGAAUCUGAAAAGAAACAAAAGACGCCCGAAGAUAGUGACGCAGCUGACCCACCACAGCGCAAGUCGAGAUUGACUUUUGUUUGUCCUUCACGACAAAGUGAGACUAGACCCACGACCAAGAGAUCUCCACCUUACACCUCUCGUGCAACUCGGUCACCUCCGCCAACCUCGCGCCGCCCUUCUGCCGAAUUGAAACAAGUCGAUGCUGCUCCAGCUCGUGUCGCAGAGCCGGCACCUGUGAAAAAGCCUGGAAGCAUUCACAUGACUGGUCUAGGUGAUUUCAAACCUUCGGAAGAAACUCGCUUCCAUGAAUUUGCAAGUUCUCCUGACGAGGUCGACGGAUGGAUGGUACAAUCUACUGAACAUCAGGGGAAAAUUACUUUGGCCGAUUGCAUGGAGAAAGAAAUGGCUAUCAGAAAAUUAGGAGAAGAAGCCGAGGCUGAAGCUAUUGCUGAAGAAGAGGAAGAGAAUGAAAUGGAAAAUGAAGAUGACGAAGAUGACACCGUAAACCCGGAUGACGAGGAGGACGACACAGUGCACGACUUUUCUUCUGACGACGGCAACGAAUCAGAUAAUGAGGCUGGCUUCGCCGACUCGGACGAUGAGAGUGAUGGCGAUUCCGAAUACGAAUUCUGGGCACCCUCAACAACUACCGCAGCGACAAGUGCUGACAAUCUCGAUAUCGUGCGUCUAGCUGCUGACCGUCGCAAUUCUAAUAUAUCGAUCGACUCUUUGAAACACGAAUACAGCCGACCUCCAUCAUCAAUGGCAGGGUCCAGGAAGAGUCGCCGCCCGAUCAACAUCCCUCGAGCCCAGACUCCAGACUUGCCGGAUAGCACUGAUUUCGUGUGUGGAACACUUGAUGAGGACCGUCCACUAGAGGCGGCAUACAUAUCAUGCAUUGAAGAACGACGUCGCAAAAAACACAUUCCUGUCCCCCAGGACAUUGACCCUAGCUUUCCGACCACGGACCCUGAGGACAAUGACGAUGACAUAGAAGAGAACGAGGACCAAGACGAGGAUGGCGAUGUGGCGGCUGCUGCUCGUAUAGAAGAGGAUCUUUUACGCGGCAGAUCCAAGGGAACAUUGAAAAAGACAUCACGAACGUCUCCUCGACGUGUUCAUUCUCCGGCUCCACGUGCACAUGGACAUGUUUCGCCUAAGCGCAUGAAAUCCCCUGCUCCUAAAGCUCGACAUGCGCUAGCUGCUGGGCUGCCUACAAUUGCCAUUCCAGUACCCAGGACAGGCGUCAACAUUACCGGUCCCGUGCAGCGUCCUCAUUACACCCGAACGAAGUCGCUACCUCGCACUCCGAACCCAUUCUUCAAAGGCUUAGAAGAAUCGAGGCUGUCCGGUCAACACGUAUCUCCAGGAACCUCUGUUGACGGACCAGUCUCCCGCAGUCGGGAGCUGCAUACGCGCGGACCUAUUGAUAUCAUUCAAGGGCUGGAGCGCAAACGACAGAAACGAAAAGAAAAAUUCUGGCGCCAGCAUUGCCGCAAAGCCGCUGCCAAAGAACAGUCGGAACGACGUGCAGCGCGCGGCAAAGGCGCAGAACGCAUGAAAGAGCUCGGUCUUGAAGUGGCCGAGCGAUUUAAAGCAUACGGCGUUGGCCAAGAUACCCAAUUGAUGCUGUCUGUUUGA